AGCUGUCCCGCAUUCGCUCUGCGCGUGUCUGUGUGUGAAGUCACAGGGCGAGAGAGUGGAAUUGACCAAGUGAUUAUUUGUCCUGGACUAGUUUCAAAACAAGCUGUGACAUGGAGGUCAGCGCCGAGGCCAAGAGGAUCAUGGUGGUCGCUUUGGGUAAACUGUACAGCUCCCGCACCCAGAGAGGGGGUCUCCGUCUCCACCGGAGUCUCCUCUUGACCCUGGUGAUGAAAUCCGCCCGAGACAUGUACCAUGCGGCUCAGGCGACGGAGGAGAACGUCGCGUCGGAAUGCGCGCAAGGACACUCGGCGGCUGAGGCGACCCCGGACCCCGCCGGCGCACGGGUCGAGCUCCAGAGUCCCGCUCCUGGCCCCAUCGCACAGGCUCGGACUACCACCAGAGAUGGAUCCGUGGGUUCAUCCACGGAGCCGCGUCGCGUGGCGAUCACCAGCUCACAAGACAAGGAGAACGUGUGCCCGCCUGGCCCGGGACAGCCAACGAGGAAAAGGCGCGGCAAAGCGGCCGCCGAGCCGGACUUUCUGCCGUGUAAGAAGGCGAAACUCGAACAGGGGAACGGCCCUCAGCAUAUUAUUGUCAACUCCGUUUUGAUGGACUACGUGAUGUGUGGCAGUGACCUGGCGCCGUCCCCGGCCCCCAUCCCCCUCCAGAGAGCCAUUGCAGCGUGUUGAAGCCUGCGCUCUUUGAGGGCGAAAGUUUUCCAUACGACCCCGGGAGCCUGAACGCGCCCCCGGUGCGCUUAUUCCGAGGACAGGGGGUUUGGAUCGACGCUGGGAAGAGUGUCGCCCACCCUCCACAAAGGUCCCACAUGUGACUCUUAACAAGUCUGGGCUUGUCCCAGGACUCACGGAAGCAAGCGGUCGGUGUGUAAAAAGUCCCAGUGACUUUUGGCCUAGUUGUGGCUUCAGCUGGCCAGAGGCGGAACUGAAGGCAGAGACAGAGCCUCGGGCCUUUCUGAACAUUCACACCUUCAAGUCUGAUUUAAGUUGCUCCUCUACACAGCAAAUGUAACACAAUGUUGAUGCUGUCUACAUGCUGAGUGUAAAUGGGAAAUGUGCUCAUGUGUAAAACAUUCAAUGACUGCAACUACCUCAGUAUUUAUUAAACGAUCUUUUUUUUGUACUUGAA